CAUUAAACUCAGUAAUUACUCAGUCGUAACCAUCGUUCAUGACGUCAUUCGUCCCCAUAGCAGCAACGGCUGCAACAACAAUUGCUUCAUAUUCCAUUUUGCUAAACCCGAGCCAACUGCAGAUAGAGAAUCCACAAGCAGCGCACCGCAUCAAGCUCAUAAAUACCUGGAGGAUCCCGACAGGUAGCCGCGUUCUUGAAAUUGGCUGUGGACAGGGGACUUGCACCACGGUCCUGGCCGAGGCCGUUGGACCUAAUGGUCACGUUGACGCUAUAGACCCCGGCUCCCCAGACUAUGGUACCCCAGUCACUCUUGCUCAGGCACAGGCUCACAUUUCCUCGGGCAGUUUGGGAAGCCGUAUCUCCUGGCAUAAUUCCCAGCCUGAGGGUUUCUUGGCGCAGCACCCAGAUAAGUCAUGGGACUUUGUUGUUUUAGCGCACUGCAUAUGGUACUUUGCUUCUUCAGAGACUCUCGUUAGUCUACUUACUGCGCUGAAACCCCGAGCCGGCAAGCUUGUAAUAUCCGAGUACAGCCUCAAGGCAACUGAAAGGGCUGCUAUACCGCACGUCAUGGCUGCCAUGACUAGGGCUGCCUUGGAAGCUCACAACAAGCACAGUGAUGCUAAUAUUCGUUGUCUCUCGAGCCCAAGCAGUAUCAAAGACGCAGCAAAAACUGGUGGCUGGAAAUUGGAAGAAGAAAGUUUUAUAAUUCCAGAGGAGGACCUUCAAGAUGGGAGGUGGGAGACCUCAACAGUCUUAAGCACACAGUUCUUGUUGGAAAUCGACCAACACGUUGCAGAAACGACUCUAAAGACCACUUUGCGCUCAUCCCGUGACGCUGUCAUCGAAGCCGUUGGUCAGCUUAACGGAAGCAAGGUUCGCACCAUGGAUGUCUGGGUUGCGCAAUUUCAGUAGUUAUUUAUUAGAUAAAAUAGGCAGACAAUCUAGACCAACUGCCUAGAAUUCACUCUACUACGACCUGGCGCUCGAGGUUAAGGACGGGUCAUAAAACAUCACUGCAAACAAAUCAUUGCUCCAUUUAUGGAUGUGGUCCCAUAUACCCCCCAAGAUGUGUCUGCCGGUAGAGAAGAAAUAUAUUAUUU